AUGACGUUCACCUUACCUAGCCCUCAAGGUCAACAGCACCUCAAUUUCAGCUGCUAUCUUUCCAAGACUAAGGAAAAGGCCUGCACUCCAGUUUCUGAACCCUCUGCAGAAUUCUCUUUUAAGCCUUCUGCAGCCAGCUCUCAGUGCUCUCAGUGCUGUGAGAAUUUAUCAUUUGAUGAUGUGGCUGUGGACUUCACCUGGAAGGAGUGGCAGGAUCUAGAUCCUGGUCAGAGGACCCUUCAUAGAGAUGUGAUGCUGGAGACCUAUAGCAACCUCAUGUCCUUGGGGCUCUGUGUUCCUAAGCCUAAACUGAUUGUCAAGCUGGAGCAAGGUGCAGAACCAUGGAUAAGAGAAGGCUCAGAAGAGAAUUUCACAGAUGUCCAAGAAAUGGAGGAUGUGAUUGGCACCUGUCAGGAAAAUCACAAUGAAUAUCUAUCUGAAGUAGCAGUCCUGACUAGUAACCGAGGGGAGGAAAAAGUGAGACUUAUAAGAAGUUUUAAUUUGAGCUCAAAACAGAAGUCAGAACUGAUUAAGAAUAAUGGGAACUCCUUAGGGAUGAGGACAGAAAAGCUCACUGGGUGUCAGAACAUGGAUGCUUUCAGUGAACCUGGAAAGAUAUGUGCUGCAUAUAGACCUCAUGUGUCUUCUGCAGUUGAAGAAUAUAAACAGUGUGGGAGGUCUUUCACCGAGAAAACACACCUUAUUCUCCCUCAGAGAACACAAACAGGAGAGAAUCCUUAUGAAUGUAACAUGUGUGAAAAGAUUUUCACCUGCAAGGCAUAUCUUACUGUCCACCAGAGAAUCCACACAGGAGAUAAACCAUAUGAAUAUAACGUGUGUGGAAAGUCUUUCACCCAGAAGCGAAACCUUACUGGCCACCAGAGAACACACACAGGAGAAAGACCUUAUGAAUGUAACAUGUGUGGAAAGUCUUUCACCUGGAAGACACACCUUACUGUCCACCAGAGAACACACACAAGAGAGAAACCUUAUGAAUGUAACAUGUGUGGAAAGUCUUUUUCUGGCAAGCCAGGCCUUACUGGCCACCAGAGAACACACAUAGGAGAUAAACCUUAUGAGUGUAACAUGUGUGGAAAGUCUUUCACCUGGAAGUCAAACUUCAUUGUCCACCAGAGAAUACACACAGGAGAGAAACCUUAUGAAUGUAACACAUGUGGAAAGUCUUUCACCCAGAAGGCAUACUUUACUUUCCACCAGAGAACACACACAGGAGAGAAACCUUAUGAAUGUAACUUGUGUGGAAAGUCUUUCUCCAGGAAGGUACAAUUUACUCUCCACCAGAGAACACACACAGGAGAGAGACCCUAUGAAUGUAACUUGUGCGGAAAGCCUUUUACCUGGAAGUCAUCGCUCACUGCCCAUCAGAGAACACACACAGGAAAGAAACCUUAUGAAUGUCAUAUGUGUGGAAAGUCUUUUAGACAGCAGGUAUACUUUACUCUCCACCAGAGAACACACACAGAAGAAAAACCUUAUGAAUGUAACAUUUGUGGAAAUUCUUUCACCCAGAAGUCAACCCUUAUUCGCCACCAGAGAACACACACAAGAGAGAAACCUUAUGAAUGUAACAUGUGUAGAAAGUGUUUUACCUGGAAGUCAAACCUUACUGUACAUCAGAAACACACAGGAAAGAAAGCUUAUGAAUGUCAUAUGUGUGGAAAGUCUUUAGCCAGAAGCCAGACCUUACUUUUGCAUCAGAGAACAGACACAAGAGACCAAAAUUAUGAAUGUAACAAAUGUGGAAAGUCUUUCCACCAUUAA